GACAUGGAAAGAGGGGUGUUUGACCAGUGCGCUGCGUGGAGAGGAAAAAUCCGACUUGCUCAUUGACCGGGCCAAUUUCGUCUCAUUUAGACAGUGCAGAAAAACAAUCACGAAACUUGAUAAACAAGCAUUGAUUAUGUCGUCCGAUUUUCUAUGUAAGUGCCGGCUUCGCAGUGCCGUCUCCAUCAGCAAAUGAGUGUGCAGAGUUGGAGUCUUUGAGAGUCAAGAGAGAGCCCAAAAGAACCCGAGGUGAAAAGAAGAAAAUGAUGAACAAGAUCAAGAAGGAAUUUGAAGAUGGAAAGAAGCUGAUAUGGAAGAAGGUCGACCCGAAAGAUCUGAAACCUGGCGACCACAUCUACGCUUAUAGGCUAUACGGCUCCUAUAGUCACCAUGGAAUAUACGUGGGAGAUGGUUAUGUGAUUCACUUCACCAGGACAGAAGGCAAGGAGGCCAUCCUCCCACGUUCUAGGGUCGAACCAGAUAUUGUGCCCGCAUGUCCAGAAUGUGGUUACCAGAAAAGCACUGGCGGUGGGGUCAUCAAGACGUGCCUCGAUUGCUUCCGUCGAGCCCGCGAGACGCUUCAUUCCAUUCAUUACUUCAUGUAUGGUGCACCGCAAUUGGGCUUUCUCCUGAAAAAUUCUGGAACUUGCAGCACCCUUUCCUGUACCAAAUCCCCACAAGAAGUUGUUGAAGCUGCUUAUGAGCUUCUCAAGAGCAAAGACUUUGGUAAGUACGAUCUUACUGGAAAUAACUGCGAACAUUUCACGACUUACUGUAAGACGAGUCGACGUGCCAGUGAGCAGACGGCAUUUUAUGAGGCUUUUUGAAGAAGCACAGAGAGCCGAAGAACCACUCAUGAAGUUGGGAAAGUAGUCUUAUUUCCACUUGCGAUAGUUUUUAAUCUGAGAGUACUUGCAUUUUGGCAGAUUGCCAACUCAAAAAGUUGAGAUGCUAUUCAUGUCAAAAGUAGUGGAAUGAGGAUUUUGGUUCAUAUCUCAAGUAGAAGCACAAUGCAAUAUGGCCGUGGUGUUCAUGCUAAUGCAAUUGUUUAGAGAAAUGAUGAGCUAACUUUCUUGAUG